GUUCUCCGGUGCGUCGAGAUCAGUCCAGAAAACAAAUGCAAGCAGACGGGAGUAAUAACCGAGCAAUGUCAAGUUCGAGGUCGUAUUGGUUACAUUUGCAGAGAGUGUGGCGUUAAAAAGUACUCACUUACUUGCACCUACGUUCUUAGGGAACAUACUGUACCUCCUUCAAGUGACUUGGAAAGGGUCUGAAGACAUGUGGUCACAUAUAGAUUAAAGCUUACGUGGAACCUUGAGGAACAGCCUUCAUUGGUGCGGCUGGGAAAAGUUAGUGAUUCGAGUGAUGGUGGUGACGAAAAUCAUCCUUUGGCAGUGAUUUUGUCUUGAGGUUCAUCCACAACCGUCUGGAUCAAAGACACAUCCCCACAUCAGCCCCUCCUACUACAUACUGCACGUUCCAUGAAGUUCCACAGAUCCACUUAACUUGGAUCACUCUCAGCGAUAUUCUGGCUCCACUUUCCAUUGAUCAUGAUUAACACAACUGCCAUCAUGGAGGAGAUCUCGAUUGAUUUCCAAGCCCUGGAUUUCCAACUUGACGAACGGGAAGAAAUGAACAUGGAGAUAAUCACGCAAGUCAUAGAAGGCUACCUUCUAACCACCAUAGGAGCCAUAGGCCUGAUUGGCAACAUCUUGGCCAUUCUAGUGUUUACGCAACAACGUGUCCAGAAGAACUUUCACACCCUGAUGGUCACUCUGGCAGUGUUUGACAUUGAGUAUAUCCUGAUGAACAUCGCCGUGUUCGCACUACCCCAAUUCUCCAGCGACUACAAGUCAUCAGGGGUGUACUACUACCUAUUACCCUGGAUCUUACCUUUGGCUCAAGUGGGACUCACUGGCAGCAUUUACUUCACGAUGGCCAUCGCUUUGGAACGCUACUUCACCGUGUGCCAUCCGUUCUUCCGGGUGUCCCACUCCUGGUCCUCAAGAGUCUACGUCAUUCCCAUUGUUUCCUUCGCCCUUCUUUUCAAUCUCCCCAAGUUCUUUGAGCUCAAAACUGUUCAUAUGUCCAUUAUUGGUAACAGCUCCAAUAGCACGGGAGAGUUGACUUGCGAGGACUUGGUUGACGACAAUUGUGUGAUCACCAUCCGACCAACUGCUCUCCGAUUAAAUAAUAUCUACCUGACAUACUACUACGGAUGGUUCAACUCGAUUUUGAACGGAUUCAUCCCGUUCUUCACUCUCAUCAUUCUGAACUCUUUGACCUUGAAGAGCCUGAUCAAGCUGUCCCGUGAUCCGUCGGUCACCAUUGGGCGGGGCAGUCGGAACAAUACGGGUCCAGCCCAUCCUCCAGGAGCCAGGAGAAAGGAGAUCACUUUGGCCAAGGUGUCCUUGGUCAUCGUGUUUGUCUUCAUCUUUUGUCACGCUCUUAAAUGGAUACCAAAUCUCUAUGAACUUCUCUUGGUGGAUACUACCAAUUUGCCUAAUCUAAAAUGGCCCAACUUAGUGGAAGUUUUUACGAACAUUUCCCAUCUGUUCCUGGUAUUCAAUAGUUCGGUCAAUUUCUACAUCUAUUACGCGAAACACCCGUCCAUCCUAAAAGUCUUGCGGUGCUGUCCAAAGGCCCCCACUCACAUGGAUGAGGCCUCCAACAACCAGCACACCAACCAAACGAUCCAAUCCACCACCUAUUUCCCAACCAACGAGAGUCUGGAAAUGACGUCCCUCCAACCUCAACCCGGACGAAAUGGUUCGAUCGAUCACACCAAAGCCGCACGAGAGAGACAUCAACAUUUCCCAUGACUCGGAUUGCAUUCCAAUUUUGGCCGUAAAUAGCUAAUGAUGAUCAGCUUUGGCUUCACAUUCGUGGCCAAUCGGGAAAUUGAUCUCCCUAGAGACUUGGAGCUCAACGCUUCGACCUAUUAGGUGGCCAAGAAAUUAAUUCGAAAGUUCAAUUCUUCGGGUGGGGUCGGAAAAUAAAGAACCGAGGAGCUCAAUAUUUAUCAAAAGUUCAAAAGAGAAAUGGAACCAAGUACGACGGCAUUGGAUUAACUACUUGACACCAAGGGUUUCAAAUUUGGAAUAUGGAGUACGUAGAUUGUGUCACAGAACAGACAAUGAAAGAAGGUCAUUACAGGCGCACAGCUCAUUUCAAAGGCCACUAAAAGUGGGCAACUGUUGUCAAAAGCAUUCUGCAGCAGGUUUCAUAAAUACUGACUAUGGUCCAUAAAGUCCACUUGGCCGCACCUAAUUGCCAUUGGGGGUCAUAAAUCCGCCACCUAACCCAUUACAAAGAUAACAAAGACCCACCAGUCUGUCAGUAUGUCGGAAUUAUCAGUGGGAAGCUGUCCACAUCCUUGUUUGUCCAUAAAGAUGAAUAAUGUCCUAGCACUGAAGGUCGGACGACCUGUCCUUCUAAUUGUAAGCCCGUCGUGUAUCCUGAGUCACAAACCAUUCGCACAUUAGUUUCCAGCUCAAGUGUGUUCGUGAAAAAAGACACUUGUCGUUGUGAGAAUGUAAAACACACAAUUGUUCGUAAGAUAUCAAUCGGAAACUUUAUGAAAUGUGAAUUGUCAAUUCUCACGAUUUAAUCGAUUAAAUGCAUCAAGUGCACGUGUUAUUGUAACUUCUCCCUUUCAGAGUGACAUUCGGCAUUUUUAUGAACCCAAUUUGGUCCAUGUAUCAAAUGUCUCCUUUUGAUGUUAUGUUAUAUAACAUGCACUUUGCACACCCUUGACGCCAUUGUCGGUGUUUUUGAUUGUCAUUUGAUAAAUAAAAGCUUGUAAACCAUACAAAAUGUGAAGAUGUUGAACAAUCCUUCCAUUCCCAUGUACUGAUCCAAAUGGAAUCGCAUUG